AUGGUGCAGUUGAAUGAGACAGAGAAGACAGUCGUUCGCUGCAUGCGGCAGGGAGGCUGGUUCCACUUCCGUCCAGACAGUGAAGGCAGGCUUCAGGACUGUGGCAGCCAGAAAUGGUGUCUGGACUUCCCUGAAGGCAAUGCCAAGCUAGGCAGGGACCACCUCAGAGAAAGGUCUCGUUGGGUGGACAAGACAGGCAAGGUGCUUCCGUGGACAGAGGCAGACAGCAAGACAUUUGAUGAAUCCAAUGCAUUCGAACCCGAGGCUACGUACCUGCUUGGCCAGACAGACAUACACUUGAGCUUCCGAGCGAAGCCCAAUCUCCUUGCUCAGUCAGAAACAGAGCUCAGAGAGGUCAUUCUGAGACAGGUCCACCCGAACGAGAGGAGACGGCUUUUCCAGGAACAGGAUCAGGAACGCGAAGCAAGACAGAAAAGGCGCAAACUUUUGAAAGAAUGGAGACAGCAGCAAGCCAACAAGACAAAGAAGCAGGCUCUGCUGUCUGUCGUGCCCAAAGUGGGCCAGAAAAAGGCCAAGAAGAAGGCCUCCAAAGGCGACAAGAAGCCCAGCGAGGGACACUUGCAUGGCAAGCAAGCUCGAGUGAUCGGUGACCUGGCUCCGCAGACGCUGCUGGGCAAGAUCGUGGUGUGUGGAAAGCAGACAGACAGCCAAGUCCUGAUCAAUGCUGAUGGACUUCAUGAAUGGGUCAGCCACACAGACAUUACGCUGGACGUCAGAGACAGACAGUUUCCGCUGGUUUUGGAUUUUGAGUCUUUCCCCAGUGCUGCAGCCAGUGAGGAAGCGGCAGCCAGUGCAAAAGAUUUGCGGCUUUACAAGCACGAAGAGCUGCUGACAGACAGCCAGCUCGAAGCUGGCAUCAGGGAGAUGUCAUACCGAUUCUCCCAUGGAGCAGAGCCAGCCAGCCUGUGUGUUUUGCGGCCAGCAGAGGCCAAGCAACUUAUCCAGACACAUACACUCAAGGCAGCAGCAAAGACAGCCAUGGACAGCCAGGCUGGUUUGGUCUUGGCAGUCGUGCAAAGCCAGCCUCCGAGACACUGGUCCUUGCUGGUGGUCGAGACAGUCAGAGACAGCCCCGAAGCGAAGGUCAGGUACUAUGACACGUUGCCCGGUGAGGCAGCCUACAAGGAAGCCAGUGCAGUUUUGAAGGUGCUGCUGCAGACAGCCAAGAAACAGGCCCAGCCUUUGCCUGCGCCAGUCAGUCUUGCUGUACCUGGAGCAGGAGUGGCGGCGGUGGAUGGGUGA